UGCGUACGACGAAGUCGGCCAGCAGUUGUGAUAAUAGCGAGACAGCAUCCAGGAGAAACCGUGGGGAGUUGGAUCUGUCUGGGUCUGCUUCAUUGGCUUCUCAGCGACACUGCCAGACAGCUGCGCGCCAAGUACUGUUUUCACAUCGUACCUAUGGUCAAUGUGGACGGCGUGGUUCAUGGUAACUCGAGGACAACGCUUGCCGGGGUUGAUCCCAACCGAACUUGGACCGAUCCGAAUCCUGUUAUCCAUCCUGAGGUGAUCCUCAGUGGCUCAGAGUUGCCAUCGAGUAGUAUAGGGGUCGUCUGCGCUCAGCUGUUCCUCGACCUCCACGGACACUCGCAGAAGAUGAAUGUUUCCUUCUAUGGCU